AUGGCAAAUUAUGGAUUAUCCAUUGAUGAAGAAAUGCGUGAAAUUUGGGAGCAGCGUGAUCCCACUUUUCAUCAAGAAGAAUUGGAAAGUCUUGGAAGGGAACAACGAGAAAUUGUGACGAUGGACAACAGCGUUAGGGAUUCUCCUAUCAUUUUCGAAGAGGAAGAGGAACUUCCUAUUGUAGAAGAAGAUGAAGAUUCAAUAGAAAGUAGAGAUAUGAUUUAUGCCCUUUUCAGCGUUAAUAAGAAGAGAGCCAAGCGUACCCAGAGUAUAGAAGUACACACUAUCAACGUAAUUCCUCAACUGUCGGAUGUCCUCACUCAAAACUUCGGAAGAAUACUAGAAAAGCAUGAGCAGAUUCAUCGAGACGGGGCUAGAAUCGGAACUCCAAAGCUUGCGAGAGGCACAAUGGCGAUAGAAUUUAAUGGAAGGAAGUGGGAUGUAGAAGUGAAGAUAUUCAAAGGAGAUAUUCAUUACGGGACAUUCGCUCUUACACAUUUAAUGAGUGCACGGGAUGGGUACCAAGCCCAGUAA